CGGAACUCCCAGCCUGAGUCAAUGAACAGGCAUUGUUAUUGUAAUACAUCCAGCAGCAGGUCUGCGAUUGGUGUGUUCAGUCAUACGUAAUAAAAGCGAACCUUGGGGCUUGGUAAACACCAAGCUUCGCAGUUUUGCCUGGAUCCAAACUUUGUCUAAGAAUCGCCGCUAUGGAGAAGGCACAGAGUAUGAAAAGAGCCAGUAAAGCUGCAGCUAACUGGCGACUGAUUCUAGCCGUCGUGAUUAUUGUCGUCAUAGUGUUGUUCGUGUUAGGUAUCGUUAUUGGUUAUUUUAUUGGCCUAGGUCAGAGUGAAAACGAUGCAGUUAAGGCCGCUUUGAGUGAUGCGGAUCCCACCGUUGCCGACAGGAUUAUCGAUGAAAUGAGUUCAGAAGAAAUCGGCAAAAACUUAAGGUAUCUUACGUCAAUCCCUCAUCUAGCUGGCACACCGGCGGACAAGGAGCAAGCGGAUUACAUUGUGCAGACAUGGUUGGAGCAGGGCAUAGAACACGCCGAAGCUGUCCCGUACAAUGUAUUACUCUCGUACCCAUCCGAUGAAGAAGGCAAGGAAAAUAAGGUCCAGAUUUUGGAAGCCAAUACUCCGGAUAAUAUUAUUCACGAAUCGGCGCUGAAGGAAAAAGUUCUGGACCCCACUCAAGAUCACCCGGAUGUUGUGCCGCCAUUCAAUGCAUACUCGGCCCAAGGCGAAGAGCAGGGUGACGUAGUGUACGCCAAUUAUGCCAGAGUAGAAGAUUUCUUCUACUUAGAGAGAGAUCGGAAUAUGGUGUUGAAUGGGACUAUUAUAAUAGCACGAUAUGGUAAAAUAUUUCGAGGAGAUAAGGUUUCCAAUGCCAUGGCCGUUGGAGCUAAGGGUAUCAUCCUCUAUUCUGACCCAAAAGACGUGGCUCCUGCUGGCCAACCUCGCUACCCCGAUGGAAUAUACUUGCCCGAGACAGGCGUUCAACGCGGCUCUACUUUCAAGGACGCAAUGGACCCACUGACACCCGGUUACCCGGCAACAGCUUUUGCCUACAGAAUUGAUGACAACGAAGCUGCAUUACCAAAAAUCCCGGUGCACCCGAUCAGCUACGCCGACGCUAAAGAGAUAUUGAGGCGUAUGCAAGGGGUCGAAGUAUUGCCGGAGUGGAAAGGAGCUCUUGAUGGAGUAACAUACAGAUACGGGCCUACCAUCCGAGAUGAUGACAACACAAUCGCUAAGGUGAAAAUCAUUGUUCAUUCACGCAACGAGCGGCGCACAACCUACAACACGAUUGGGCUCAUCCGGGGUAAAGUCGAACCAGAUCGCUACGUUAUUCUUGGCAACCACCGAGACGCUUGGGGUUUUGGAGCUAUCGAUCCAACCAGUGGCACGGCGACUCUCCUGGAAGUUACUCGUGUGUUUGGAAAACUGUUAAAAGAUGGCUGGCGACCGAGAAGAACCAUUGUAUUCUGCACAUGGGGAGCGGAGGAGUACGGCCUGAUUGGAUCUAAUGAAUGGGUCGAAGAGAAUAUGAAGAACUUGGUGUCCCGUGGCGUUGCGUACGUAAAUGUCGAUUCACCUUUGAUGGGAGUGCACAGACUAUCUGCCGGGGCAACACCUAAUCUUAAACAAAUUAUCUACGCUGCUGCUAAAACGAUUCCUGAUGCCUAUCCAGAAGGUAGUCGCAAGACAAUGUAUGACACGUGGACGAUGCGAGAUAAAUCAGCCGGUACUGAUGAACCAAGUGUCAGUGAUUUGGGUUCUGGAAGUGACUAUGCGUCUUUUCUGCACCGCAUGGGAAUGUCCGCCAUAGAUAUGCGCUAUCAUUGGGAUGACACUCAAUAUGAUUUCUCAAUAUACCCAAUGUAUCACUCGGUAUACGAGACUUACCAUCUGGUGGAAACGUACUAUGACCCAGAAUUCAAGUACCUGCAGGCUAUGGCCCGUUUAUGGGCUGAAAUAGGCAGACGAUUAGCAGAUUUGUUAAUUAUACCCAUGGACGCACGUGACUAUGGAAGCAGAAUUAAGACGAUGUUUGAACACUUCAAGGAUAGUGAAAGCGGACAGAAAAUUCGUAACAGAGGAUUGUCGAUGGACAGAUUCGAAGAUGCAGUGGAUACAUUCAAUGAAGCCACACAGUCAUUCCACAACGAAGUUACUGAUGUGAACAAACAAGAUCCAAUGGAGAUUCGGAGGAUAAAUGACAAACUUAUGAUGCUGGAACGAGGAUUUAUUGACCCCCUAGGAUUGCCUGGCAGAGUACUGACGAGGCAUGUGAUAUUUGCACCGAGUAGCAAGGACAUGUACGCCAGCGCUGGUUUUCCCGGUCUGGUUGAUGCUAUGUUCGACAUUGACAACUCCAGCGAUCCGACGAAACAAUGGAGGGAAGUUGAGCGAGAGAUCGCCGUGAUUACUCAUCAUUUAUAUUCAGCGGCAACCACGCUUACAGAUGAGAUAACCUCACUCACAAGAACAGAGCUCUAAACAGUAUUUUUAUAGUCUUAUUUUCCGUAAGCUAAUGCUACGUAGUUGUACUUUUAUACCCGAU